GGCGUCCCGGAAGUUGGAGGGCGUGUCCUGCUAGUUUGGCUUCCUCAACAUGGCGGCGCCCUUGUGUGUGGAGGUGGAGUUCGGAGGUGGUGCGGAGCUCCUGUUUGAUGGAGUGAAAAAACAUCAAGUCACCUUGCCUGAGCAAGAGGGACCCUGGGACAUCCGGAACCUCCUUGUCUGGAUCAAGAAGAACUUGCUAAAAGAGCGGCCAGAGCUGUUCAUCCAGGGAGAGAGUGUGCGGCCAGGAAUUCUGGUGCUGAUUAACGAUGCCGACUGGGAACUGCUGGGGGAGCUGGACUACCAGCUGCAGGACCAGGACAGCAUCCUCUUCAUCUCCACACUGCACGGCGGCUGAGGGCUCCUCUGUGAGCCCAGGCACCUUUGUGAGGGGAGCACAGGACAACCACACCUCUCCUUGGGCCCUGCUUCCAGGUCCUCAGUCCCCUUGGCUGCCUCCUUCUCUGCUGUACCCCUGAGCUCCCUCUAGGCAGGGAAAAGAGGCCAGGUGCUAAAAAUGAGCCUUUCUGGACAAGGCACGUGAGCAGGGAGGGAGAGCAGACGCCUGAGCCCAGCACUCCUUCCCGCAGAGGUGGGGGAGGGUGCUCCUGUAAUAUGUCAGGAGUGGAGGGGGCUCUAUGCCCAGGUGACCCAGCUGCUUGCCACUCCUAUGUCUUGGUAUAUCUAAGCACUGAGUGACUGCCUUGCCACUCCUGUGUCUUGGUAUCUAAGUGUAUCAAGUGUAUCUAAGCACUGAGUGACUGCCUGAAAGGCAUCUUCAUGGGGAAGAUGGAUGGACUGGAGUAACUGAUGAGAAGCCCCUCUCUUGCCAAAGAUUAGAGGGGCCUCCGCCUCAGUUUCCCCAUCUGGACACUGAAGACUCUGCUUGUCCCCCACUGAUGUCAUUAUGGAACCCCAGCUGGGGUCCCCUAUUCACUGCUCACCUCCCUCCCUCCACCCAGCAGCUGCUCUCCUAGCCACACCCCUCCCCCCAGCCCUUGACCCUGGCUGGCCUCCCCCCUACAUAGGCUACCAGAUGGGCUCCUGAGACACUCUCCAGACUGCCUACAACUCAUUCUGCUAGGGAGAGAAUGUAGGGAAGUAACCUAACCUUAGACAGCAGGCAGGGCCUCCAUGUGUAUAUAACUCCUAGCUUCCUAAAACAAGCAAGGUUUGAAUGUGCAGCACCUGGUAGAUAGAGGAUUGUGCUCCCCUUUCCUCCAUCCCUUCUGGAAAUCUGGGGACCUUGUGCCUACAGCAGCUGGCCUUGGGCAAAUAAAGAGACUAGGUUUUUUACUA